AUGAACAAUAUUUUAAUGCAUAAAUUCACAAAAAAUCACAGCAGUUGUGAAGACGUAUGUUUUAAUGAUUUGGCCUACUACGAAAAGCCGUCCUUUUCAAUGUUGUCGUCGAAUAAAAAAUAUUCCAGCUCAGCUCUGGGCGAAAUUCCACCCCUUCAACUAGAUACAAAAACAAGCGAAUCCGCGUUUUUAGAAGAACAACUGGAACUUUACAAAAGCCAAAACCUAAGACUGGAGCAGCACGUUGAAGUACUGCAGGAGGAGUUAUCGGAUCAUAUUUCCAGAUUGGAGCUAAUACGGAUGGAAAAUGAAACAAUGAAAACCGAUAUAGAAGAUGUCACUUGUGAGUUAAAUGUAGAAAAGGAAACUUCCUGGUGGAAGAGUACCAAACAACUUGCCAAUUUGUCUGUAACUGCAUUGGAAACAGCAGCUCAUAUCAUGCUACCGGCUUAUUUAGAUUAA